UCCCAGACGGGAAUCUUCAUAGAGGGAUUUCCCAGGACUCCAAGCAAAGGACAGACUUUCAUUAAUGGAGUCUCUGAUUCUGUGCUGAACCAGCUGCUGGAUAAACUCCUUCAGCACGGUGCUAUGAUUAAUGAGGAGAUGCAGACAGCAAAGACGAAGCCCAGAGCAGAAAAGGCU